AUGUCAGUUGCAGAGGGAUUUCUUCGUCAUGGAGAGGCGUGCAACCGGGCAGGGGCAUUGGGAGGUUGUGUGACAGAGCGGUAUUCACGGUGGGAACUUUUGGUUGUCUUUCGGCGUCAGUGGUCGCGUGAUAGGCGAGCCAACCGGCUGUACGCACCAGUGUUUCAUCUGCUUUUUUCAUCCCCCUCUUCCAGCGAUGAGGACGAAAUCACCAGCGCCGCGGACGACGCUCCGUGGCAUUUGUUAUUGUAUGAUUUGACGCACACCUGCAGGGAGGUGCUGUGGGAGACAAAAGGUGCGGAACUCGUUUCAGAAAUCCUGCAGGCUGUACCGCCGGCUCUCCACCCCACGUUUUUCUCUGUGGUCUGUGUGACCGUGGGCGAUACACACGACCGUCUCGGUCUCUUUUCCGAGCAUGCUUUUGAAGAGUACAAGGGGAGAGUUGAACAGCUGCGGCUGCCGCGUACGUCCCAAGCGGUGUCCGUGAGGCUUCAUCGUGUAACGAGUGAUUGUACAGGUAUGGUGAACGGCGGAGGUGGUCAUUUGCCGGCGUUCGUCGAGGACGCGAUAGAGUGGGCGCGCCGUAGAACAUUAGAGGCAUCCGAUGUAUCGGCGCCGUCCCAAGAAGGCAAUGACGCCAUUCUUGCCGCUCUUCCACGGCUAAGCAAGCUAUUGUACACUGCGACGUUUCAGGAACCUGAUGGGAGCAAUGCCGGUGAUGAAGUGAGCGGUGUGGGGGAGGGAGAACGGCAAUUGGUAACCUCCAAACUGUUAGAGGAACGUCGUGUGGCGCUUCAAAACUUGAAGAUGCGUGUGGGUAACGUGGCUUCCUUCACGCUGACACCGCCAACGACGGCGGAGGAGCCGGGGCAACGGUGGUAUGUGCUUCUCAUCCAAAAACUCUACGUGGAAAAGGAGGAGGUGUCGAUUGAGAACCUUGACCCCGGCCCACUGGAGCCGCAGCCUAUUGGCGCAGAGUUACACUUGAUGCGGGAUGGCGGUGAGGUGUUAUAUCUUUAUUCGCAACUAUGCAACGAGAAAUGCUUCGAUACGGUGUACGGGGAUAUAAUGCACGAAGACGGCGAACUCUUUGCGCAGCUAACACCUCUGGAGGGUAUAGCUUUUGAUGACAUUGAUCGUUAUCUGGACUUUCUUUCGACACAGGCGCCGUCAUUUUCCAUGGAAACACCAAAAGAACCACUUUGCAAAGGAUCAUGCAGUGGCUACACAUUCCCAAAGGUUGUGUUCCGUCGACCAACGGGGUCGGUUGUGAAGGAUACACUAAUUGCAUCUCCGCAUUUGGAGAUUAUUGAGGAGUCACCACGUUCGCCGGAGGAGUGGGAUGCGGCGAGCCGCGUCUUUCUCUUCCUCUCAGAUCACAUUACCCCUGUGUGUGCCGUCAGCAAUCGUGGUGGGUGCGGUGGGUACACGCUCAAGAGAGAUGUUACACCGGUGCCUGCUCCCCCACACAACCACAAGUGUUCGUGGUGUGCUCGCCGUCGAGACAAACUCUUGCGAUGUGGUGGCUGCAAGGUGGAAAUGUAUUGCUGCAAAAAGCAUCAAAUAAUGGAUUGGAAGAGCGGGCACAAAAAGGUGUGCAGACUGUGGCGGAAGGCACAAGAAGACUACGAAAAAACUGUCAUGCCUCUUCUGCAAUCAUGCCCAACGGAGCGUCUUGAGACGCCAUCCGCAUCGGUGGUCGUGACACUUCUGCAGUUUCUCACAGAUUCUUGUUGUGAGAUGCAGAUUGCAGGGGUUCCUGUAGUUCACAUUGUUGGUGUUGAUGACGACGUCACAGCGUUUAUUUCAGAGCUCUCACUCCGAGUGAAAAAAUUGUCCGCGCACUGGAAACAGUUGCGGUUUAUCUUGAGCUCCGAUGCCUUUGGAGAUGGAGAACACAAUGCUGUGUACGCCAUCGCGGAGAGCGGCGACGUGACGCGAACGGCACCUACCUCUGUCCUUGGCGAUGUGUGGCACACAAAGUCCUCAAACAAUGAGGCGGCGCUGGAGGCCGCACUGCUUGUGCGCCUGUACAACGCAAAGUACCACCAAUUCAUUGGCCGAGACGCGAACAUCAGCGAGGAAACGCCGUCGGCGGUGGUGUGCUUUGGGAACCCAUUAGGAACGGGAAUGUCAUAUCUCACUGCGGCUACCGAGGUUCUUGCGGACAGGUUCAUUGGCGUUGUUCCUGUGCUAUGCACAGAACCUACACUUGUCGGCGCACAUCACACACUUGACGCGAUCGUGAUGCGGGUGCAAAACAGCUUUAUGAUGAACUCAGACCUGAAGAAGAAAGUUCUUGAACGUCUUUCGCAUGCCGAUGAAUUGAUCCGGCUAAAUGUUGGAGGUAUGGGUCACAAUUCACUAGACCCGCAUACGGAAUCGGAGGAGGCAGAUGGGACAACCAAUGCGAAUGCUGCGGUCCCUAAGCUGAAACCCACCUCACUGCGACUGCACCCCAAUCUUUAUUCCUUUAUAAUUCCGGUAGAGCUGGUGAAGCUGUAG